CGGUCGUCAACUCCCACCAUUUUGAUCUCUACUUAACUGCAUCUCCUCUUCCCCUUGCUUCGCCAUCCCCUUCGUCCUUCUCCACUGCUUCAUCACAUCAUCAUGCAUCCCAAAUCAAUGCCAAGCUUCGUUCCUCUCCUCUUCCCCAUCCUUCUGUUCUUCAUUACCAUCUCGGGCGAAAAAGAGUGGAGCUGCGGAGAAGUCAAGAACAUCACACAUCCCUUCUGGUUGUCUAAGGAACAACCGCAAGGUCCUCCUGGUUUUGAAGUGGAAUGCGAAGACAAUCGUCUCCCCGUUCUCGUGAAUUCCUUUGAAAAGUCAUACUCUAUCCACCAAAUCUUCUACGAUAACAGAUCCCUUUGGCUCAACAACACCAAACUCGCCGCCGACUGCUGCCCAGUUCCCAGUGACAACGUCCAGUUUGGUCCCGAUGAUUGCUUCUCCAUUAGCACGGCGAACAGAGAGCUCUUCCUGUUCCAUCAUUGCUCAGGAACCAGACCCGAGAAUUCCACGCCAACAAAGUGUGCUCAUGAUGACGUUUAUGCUAAACUUGGUGGAAAUUUCGGCGACGUCCCUCCGCCUGACCUAUCGUGCGCGUGUGAGGUGAUGGCUGCACCGGUUUUGACGCUCGGCGGAGAGAAAGAGAGUCCAGACUGGUACGAGGAUCUCCUGAAGAAUGGAUUUCUGGUGGAGUGGUGGGACGAUGAAAGAAUAUGCGGGGAUUGCAGAGGCAGCGGUGGGAAGUGCGGGUCUGAUCAUGAAACAGGGGAGUUCGUCUGUCACUGCCCACAACGACCGGAUGAUCCCAGAAGCUGCAGAAAUAACCAUCGGAAGCAGAUCAUCAUCGGAGUUUGCGUGGGCGUGGGUUGCUUGGCCGCGUUGAGCCUCCUCUGUUUGGUCUAUGUCUGUCGCAGGAAGAGACCACAGCCUUCGGCUUCCUCCGUUCUUCUAGCUCGACCCGUCGUAUCCUCCGAUCCGGAAUCGGGCAAUGAGCAGUACCACACCCAGGUUUUCACGUACGAAGAACUCGAGGCUGCCACGGACGGCUUCAGCGCCUCCAACAAGCUCGGCGAUGGUGGCUUCGGCGCCGUCUACAAAGGGAAGCUCCUCGAUGGGCGCACGGUGGCCAUCAAGCGGUUCUACAGGAACAACUACAGGCUGGUGGAGCAGUUCGUGAACGAGGCCUACAUCCUCUCCUCCUUACGCCACCAGAACCUCGUCGUGUUGUACGGCUGCACCUCCCGCCACAGCCGCCAGCUCAUCCUCGUGUACGAGUACGUCCCCAACGGCACCGUGGCGGACCACCUCCACGGCCCCCGCGCACGCGAGGCGGCCCUCGCGUGGCCCCUCAGGAUGCGCGUCGCCAUCGAAACAGCCGACGCGCUCAGCUACCUCCACGCCACCACCCCCCAGAUCAUCCACCGCGACGUGAAGACCAGCAACAUCCUGCUCGACGUCGGCUUCCAUGUCAAGGUUGCCGACUUCGGGCUGUCCCGGCUUUUUCCGGCAAACGCCACCCACGUCUCCACCGCGCCACAGGGCACGCCGGGCUACGUCGACCCCGACUACCACGAGUGCUUCCAGCUCACCGACAAAAGCGACGUCUACAGCUUCGGGGUGGUGCUGGCGGAGCUCAUAUCGUCGAAGCCCGCCGUCGAUGUUACCCAGCAGCGGCACGAUAUCAAUUUGGCCACCAUGGCCAUCAGCAAGAUCCAAAACCAGGAACUGGAGCAGUUGGUGGAUCCAAAACUCUGGUGUCAGUCGAAGGGCGAGACAAGAACGAUGAUCGAACAGGUGGCCGAAGUGGCGUUCCGGUGCUUGCAAGCAGAGACGGAGAUAAGGCCUACCAUGAAGGAGGUUCUCGAGGCACUGAAAGCGAUACAGGAUGAGGGAUGCAGCAGGGCGAAGGGUGUCGAAGCAGAUGCCGCGGCUAACGAUGAAGACUGCUUGCUGGGGGAGAAGCCAUCACAGUCGCCUGAUACCGUCACAACAAACUGGGAAAGCAGGUCGACGACACCACACCGUAGUGGUUGAUGAUGAGGUGGUAUUAUGGUGCUUAGGACGAUGUUAAUGUACCUAUAAAGCUUAAUGACUUGAACAUAAUCUACCAAGUUUCUGCUGUGUACUUCGAAGUAUGCAGCAAAACAUGAGGUAGAUAGUAGUAGAUAUCAAGCAACGAGAAAGAGAAUAAGAUUACACCAACACAAUUAUAAUAAAAAACAAAGCAGAUAGAAAUGAGUUUUAGA